AUGGAACUCUUCACAAUAGUUUUGAAGUUUAUUUUCUUGUUGAUUCUAUUUAAAUUCAUUUCAUCACAAGAAGAACAAGAAACUUAUAUUCGAGGGUAUCAUUGCAAGUUUUCAGAUGAUUUUGUUUUUCCAAAUUAUUCCUGUUACGCAAAAUCAUGCAACCGAUCAUUCACUACUGAAAACUUGUUCUUCACAUUGAAGAAGCCACACUACAAAAUUUUUGUAAAUGGCAGUCUCAUGUAUAAAUACGGAACUAUUUAUAGAGAAGUUUUGCAUUUCGAGAAUAUCGAAAUAUGUAAAGUGAUAGAGGAAGGAACAAGCAAUAUGUUGUUUUUAAACAUGACUAAUGUUAGUACCAAGAAGAAGACUCCUGCUUCAAGAGUAUUUCCUAGUGGGGAUUAUAAAACUGUUUUAAGCUUCAGUAAUGAAAGAAAAAAGUGGAUCGCCACUUCAGUUUCAACAUCCAGAGUGACUUCACCUUUAAAAGAUUCAUUUGGGUUGCAACUUGCAAGUAGAAAUUUUAUCUGCAUUUUAAUUAGGUAA